CACAGCGCACAUGAUUCUGCGCCUACAUCGUACCCCUCCCUCUUCAACACGCAAAAAAAAAUGUCUGCUUCUCUUCCCAACGACCUCUCAUCAACUUUCAGCUGGAGUGGACUACACUUUCAGGCGCCAAAAUCUUUCAGAGACCGGCUUUCCUGGAGACCUCGCUCGAAGCCAAAGACUCUGCUGGACAACAUCCAUGGCAGCAUCAUCUGCGGUCAGAUGCUAGCCAUCAUGGGUCCGAGUGGCGCCGGGAAAAGCACCUUGCUUGACGCUCUCGCUGGUCGUGUGACCCUGUCAGAGGGCAAAGUUGGGUGGUCACAGCCUACGCCCUCAAGCACCAAGCAGGAAGCGCCGCCGUUGCUCGACAUUGGCAUUCUGAGCAGCUAUGUCGAGCAGCACGAUACGUUGCUCGGCGUGCUCACCGUCCGUGAGACGCUGUACUACUCGGCGAAGCUGAGCAUGGAUAUGGACACGUCGGAAUCCGAAGUGGAUAGGCGUGUAGAGACCGUGCUGAGCGGCUUGGGUUUGGCCAGCGUGGCCGAUAAUCAGAUUGGAACUCCGAUCAAGCGUGGUAUCAGCGGCGGUCAAAAGCGCCGCGUGACCAUAGGAUGCUCGCUCGUCGCCAUGCCCCGCAUCCUCUUUCUAGAUGAGCCCACGUCGGGUCUGGACAUCCAAAGCGCGCACCAAGUCAUGACGAGCAUCGCCGGUUUUGCUCGACGCUACAACAUUGCUGUCUGCGCGACGAUCCACAGCCCAAAUCGCGACAUUUUUCGCCUCUUUGGCAGCGUCAUGCUCUUGGCAAGAGGACGUACCAUGUACUAUGGUCCUACAAAGCACGUAGAGUCGUACUUUGCCGAGAUAGGCGAAGCAUGCCCGACUCAAACGAACCCGGCCGACCAUAUGCUACGAAUCGUCAGCGACGAGUCGUACGCUGUCACGACGUCCGCGGAUGAUUUGGAGAAGCAGCUCCGCCGCUCUGGUGCUCGAGGUGACGUUGCGCAGCUGAGCGCGCUCUGGCAGGCGCGCGUUCAGAAGCAAGACGGACAAACAUUCGUCGAGCAUGUCAAUGCGGCUCGUGCGUCGCCUUCGCCUGCUGAGCGGACAGAUGACAUUUUGCUCUCGCCGACUCGACCUGACCACUCACUCCUCCACCUUGCUCGACUUCUCGCAUUUGCGACGUGGAUCCUGACGAAACGCAAUCUACUCAACUACCGUCGCAAUCUGCUUGCAUACGGGGUGCGUUUCGCCAUGUACCUCGGCAUGGGCGUACUGCUAGCCACUGUCUGGGUCGAUUUGGCAAAGACCGAUACACGCAUCAAUGAUCGCCUUUCGGUGCACUUCUUCUCCGUUGCCUUUCUCGGCUUCAUGAGUGUCGCCGGUAUCCCAUCCUUCCUCGAAGAGCGUGGCGUAAUGUGCCGCGAGCGCGCCAAUGGCCUGUAUGGGCCCGCACCAUUUACCCUCGCCAAUACUUUGGUCACGAUGCCCUUCUUGUUCGCCUGCGCCUUGGUAUUUGCAGUCAUCAUGUACUGGUCCAUCGGCUUGCACGAUGGCGCCGUACCUUUCUUGCGCUGGCUCUCGUUCCUGUACCUUGGCGUCUUGGCCGCAGAGAUGCAAUCUUUGCUGGUGGCAGCUCUCCUCCCCAUUUUUGUCGCCGCUUUGGCCAUAGCUGCCUUUUUGAAUGGAUUUUGGAUGACCACCCAAGGCUACUUUAUUCGCACGGACAAUCUACCCCGCUUUUGGUACUACUGGGCCCACUUUAUCAACUACGAGACGUACGCGCUGGCGCUGCUGGCGCGCACCGACCUUGCAGGUCUCACGUUCACCUGCGCGACACCAGGUCAAUGCUUGUUCCCCUCGAGUUCGCAGCAUCCCGACGCAGUUGCAGGAGAGACGGUCGUAUCAGUGCUGCAGUUCAAUACACUUUCAAUCGGCGAACAAGCGGCAAUUCUUCUCUGCAUCAUCGUCGUCUACCGCAUCUUGUUUUACAUCGCGUUGCGUUUUACGAGGGCAUGAGGAGGCUAACAUUGCGGUGCUCGUGCAAAGAGCGUCAUCUGCCUAGCAAGCUAUCAACUGCGACACUGCAAAUAAAAGCAGAGUCAGGUAUGUGGAAGUCACGCAAUCGACCCGCAUUCCAUGUAGCUCCAUUCUUGCCUCUUGUCUACUUACAGAUUCGAAUCUCC